AUGUCCGUUAUUGUCCGAGCUGCGACGCUUAAGGAUAUGGACAUGGUCCAUGCCAUCUAUAGCCACUACAUAUUGCACACCCCCACUGACAUGCACCAUGUCGCUCCAUCUCUGACUUCAUUCAUUGCCGAAUAUGAGAAUAUAUCGUCCCGAGAUUUGCCAUAUCUCGUUGCGAGUCAACACGCAGGACGUAUUCUCGGGUUCAUUCAUGCGUUUCCUUUUCGCGGAUACAAAGUUGGAUAUUCUCACACAGCUGAGCUGGCUAUCAUUUGUCAUACUGGGGCAAUUAAACAAGGCGUUGGGAGCGCACUGAUGGAGAAAUUUCUCCGUUCCCUAGAAGAGGGUGGAGCGAUUGACCAAAUGUUGGCCUUUAUGACGGUCCUUGAGGAUCCAGAAGAAGACAACAGAGUCAAAAGCUUCUAUGAGAAGUGGGGCUUCCGGGAGGUUGGGAAAAUGGUAGAUGUGGGCCAGAAGUUUGGGCGC